UGGAUUAGUCAGUCUGUCUACAUGGACUAGGAAGGGAUGGCUGCGGGAACGAAACUUUUCUCUUUACUCGCAACUCUGUACCUGCUUUUGAACCUCUACCAAGCGUCACCGUCAUCUGGCUCAAAAAAAGCAACCACGGACAAGUGCAGCUUUAAGGGUCUCCAGUCCAACUCUGACGACAAUGGACGGAAGGUUGGGGUCACGUUCCGGACCGACAACUGCACGCUCAACUGGAACCCGCUGGGGAAGCACGCCAUCCACGAAGUGAGCAACGUCACCUUCAGCCACCUGUCCUGCGACAACCAGGCCGCCGUGGUGGUGCACUGGAUGCCCAGCCCUCUCGGGAUCGAACAUGUGAGAGGUUUCCGAGUUUAUCUGGAGGAUAAGAACCCCGAGGGGAAACAGUGCCAGCACAUGGUCUUGAAGGAUCCUCGCCAGCUCAACUUCUCCUUCAGGAAUGUGAGAAUGAGCUCACAGCCCUUUCCUGGCCUGGACUUUGAGACGGACUACAUGAUCAGGAUCAUGCCCUUUCCCACCUUCAUGAAUGAGAGCUUCUUCCCCCCGUCCUUCCUCCGCACUAACACUUGUGAAGUGCUUCUGGGAUCGGACAACCUGGUCUGCAAACCAUUCUGGAAGCCAAAGAGUCUCAACAUCUCUCAGCUUGGAUCCAACCUGCAUGUGGUAUUCGACCAUGCUCCCCCCACCUUCGGAUUCAACAUGUACUACGUAUACUACAAGCUGAGGCAGGACGGCUCCUUCAGGCUCAAGCGCUGCAAGCCGGAAUCCAGCUCUUCCAAAACUACAUGUGUUCUCCAGGAUGUGAUACCUGGAACCUACAUGAUUGAGCUCCGUGACGACAACAACACAACCAGAAGACAGACGCAGUACCACGUAAGCCAAGUGCACUCCCCCUGGGCGGGCCCGAUCCGGGCCAUGGCCAUCACCGUCCCCCUCGUCAUCAUGUCUGCCUUUGCCACGCUGUUCACCGUGAUGUGCCGCAAGAAACAGCAAGAGAACAUCUACUCCCACCUGGACGAGGAAAGCUCAGAGUCGUCCUCUCACACCACUGCUCUUAACGCAGAGAGACCAUGGCCCCGUCCAAAGGUCUUCAUCUGUUACUCCAGCAAAGACUGCCCCAAGCACCUCGCUGUCAUCCAGAGCUUCGCCUACUUCCUGCAGGACUUCUGCGGCUGUGAGGUGGCGCUGGAUCUGUGGGAGCAUUUGGAGAUGUGUAAGGAGGGUCAGAUGGCCUGGCUGAGCCGGCGCAUAGAGGAGGCCCACUUCAUCAUCACCGUCUGCUCCAAGGGCAUGAAGUACUUCGUGGAGAAGAAGCACCGCAGGGGCAAAGGAGGGGCAGGCCGGGGGGCGGGGGCCAGUGCGGGGGCAGGGGCGGGAGGGGCCGGGAGCGGGGAGCUGUUUGUGGUGGCCGUGGCCAUGAUCGCGGAGAAGCUGCGCCAGGCCCGGCAGAGCUCGCCGGACCUCUCCCGCUUCAUGGCCGUGUACUUCGACUACUCCCACGAGAGCGACAUCCCGGCCCUGCUGGACCUGGCCCCCAAGUUCAAGCUGAUGGACCAGCUCCCCUUGCUGUUUGCCCGGCUGCACUCGCGCCAGCUCAGCCUGCCCGAGCGCGAGCCCCAGCCCCUCAACGUCAGCAAGCGCAACUACUUCCGCAGCAAGUCGGGCCGCUCCCUCUACGUUGCCAUCUGCAACAUGCACCAGCACAUCUCCCAGGAGCCCGAUUGGUUCGAGAGGCAGCUGAUGCCCGCCCCCGCACCCAGGGCCCGGGCGCCGCCCCCAGAGAAGUUUGACUCGGGGCUGGUGCUCAACGAGGUGGUGCUGAAAUCUCCCUCCGAAAGCGAGUGCCCGCUCAAGAGCAACGUGCUCCUCCUCCCCCCCUCCGUGUGCCUGGGGCACUGCUCCACCUCGUCGGGGGCCUGCUCCAGCUCCUCACAUGGGGAACCCGAGGGCCCCACCUCCCAGGACGCCAGUGCCCCUGUGAGGCCCCUCCUACAUGCAGACGGCUCGGCCAGCCCCCCUGAAAUGCCCCGGGACUCUGGCAUCUAUGACUCCUCAGUGCCUUCCUCUGAGCUCUCCAUCCCCCUGAUGGAGGGGCUUUCCCCAGACCAGGCGGACUCCUCCUCUCUGGCCGACAGCGUAUCGUCCUCUUCCGGACUGGGAGAUGAGGAGCCCCCUGCUGUCAGCUCUCUACACUGCGCCGGGCCCACCAUCUGCCAAGCAGAGCUGCACCACAGCAUUGAACAGAGGGAAGGACUGCCCACAGUAGCACCCUUGUAGUGCUCAUUGCCUGGACAUGCAUUGCCACUUUACUGCCUUGCCUUCCAGCAGAAGUGCACUUAUCCUGGCCUUACCCACGAGACCCACACAUUGGAUGGAGGAGGGGAGAGGCAGACCCCCACCACCAGAACCCUGCCUGUGUCGUUGGAUUCACCUUUCUGAUUUUCGCAGACUUUAACUGAGGACAAAAUCUGCAGUCUGCUGGAAUGUGCAUAGGCUGGGCGCUAUGUGACCAAAGCGGUUGUAUAUUUUUUACAACCUUGUCCCCUGUAGCGUUAGUGGUAAAAAGGUGUAUAUGUUAGAGUUGGCACAAAUCACCCUGAAAAAAAUAUCCCUUUAUGGUUGCCAUUUCAUCUGUUUUCCCACACAUUUUUAUUGUGAUGACACCAUGAGCCAGUGGUAAUUAACAAAGUACAUAUCUUUGGGAAUGUGUGAAUGAGUAAGUAUUUGUAAGCGUGUAUCUCAGUUUUUUAUUUAUUGUUUUUUUUAAUUGAUUGUUCUCAUACAUGCAUAUGAAAAAUUCUUGGGAAUCCCCCUGUUGUCUAGUUCUGAGGUACUCCAGAAGCACCGGAAAAAAAGGUAGUUUGCUGAGGCUAGAUAUGAGAGUCAAAGCACUUUGAGAUGCUAUUCACCACAGAUUGUGCUUUGUAUAUAAUUUUUAAAAAUGUCAUGCCUUUGUUCAGCAUUAUCACCCUGCUAAACUAUAAAUAUUACAGGCUAAGGUUUACAUGUAUCAAUUAUUCAAUUCACAUAAAUACAUGAUUACUAUUAGGUGCAUACUUUGGUGUGAUUUCCAGAAAUCUCAAAGGCCUAAGUAGAAAGAAAAUGUAUACUGUUGUAAUGACAUUAUUUCAUAUUCCAUCAGUUGUAUAACUCUCGUCUCAGCCGUCUUAUGACUUCAAAGGGUAAUAGUGAGCUUUCUUUGAGGACAUUAGCAAUUGACUGCCCUGUGGAAUCAGAUUCUGCAGUUCACUUUGUACAGCAUGCUGACUUCUGUUUAGGAAUGUUCAUGUUUUUUCCACAGUUGUUUUUUAUUUGAUUUUUAGACCUGUUUGGACACAAAAUGCCAAUCAUCUUUUAAACUUUUAGACAGUUGCAAAUCUUCCUUAUGGUCAUUAUGUAACCCUAGAGACUGGAUUAAUGCCUUUGUUGAGUUAGAAGAAAAGGGGAAAAAGUGAAAAGAACCACCGUCUAGUUUACUUUUAAAUGGGUCCACUUAACUUUGUUGGUACUUUGCAGACUUUGUUCUGACCAUGUUUUAUAUAUAGUUUAGGAUAUUAGAAGUUAUUUCUACAUUAUAUAUAAACUCUGUACUGUUUUAUAGUACCCUAAUGUAGGAA